GUGGAGGCGGGAGGUGCGGAUCAGGAAGGGGAACCACCGGUGGCAGGGUGAGACCUGGUACUACGGGCCCUGCGGGAAGAGGAUGAAGCAGUUCCCGGAGGUGAUCAAGUACCUGAGCAGGAACGUGGUGCAGGACGUCCGGCGCGAGCACUUCAGCUUCAGCCCCCGCAUGCCGGUGGGAGACUUCUAUGAGGAGCGGGACACGCCGGAGGGUCUGCAGUGGGUGAAGCUGAGCCCCGAGGAGAUCCCCUCGCGCAUCCAGGCCAUCACGGGCAAGCGCGGGCGACCCCGCAAUGCCGAGAAGGCCAAGCCCAAGGAGCCGCCGGCUGCGAAACGCGGCCGGGGCCGCCCUCCCAAGGGUCUGCAGUGGGUGAAGCUGAGCCCCGAGGAGAUCCCCUCGCGCAUCCAGGCCAUCACGGGCAAGCGCGGGCGACCCCGCAAUGCCGAGAAGGCCAAGCCCAAGGAGCCGCCGGCUGCGAAACGCGGCCGGGGCCGCCCUCCCAAGGUCAAGAUGGUCGACUUGCUGAGCAAGACGGACGCGCGGCUGCUGAAGAGGCUGGAAGCCCAAGAGGUGCUCAGUGACGAGGACAAGCUGAAAAUGAGCAAAAUCAAGAAGAAAAUGAGGCGGAAGGCCAAGAACAAGCAGAAGCAGGAAGCCAAAGCCCCCAGAGUGAAGGAGACCAAGAAGAAGUCCAAGGCCAAGGAGAAGAAGAGCAAACCGGAGAAGGGCAAGGAGAAAGCGCGGCCCAAAGAGAAGAAGGGCAAAGGGGCUCGCAAGGCGGACAAGGGCUUGCUGGCCCAGCGGCGCCUGGAGGAGCGGCGGCGGCAGCAGCUCAUCCUGGAGGAGAUGAAGAAGCCCACGGAGGACAUGUGCCUGGGGGACCACCAGCCUGCGCUCUACGACCCCGGGCUGCCGCCCUACUGCCAGUCCCUGAAGAUCCUGGGGGAAAAGGUGUCGGAGAUCAGCCUGAACCGCGACACCGUCUCCGAGAUCCUGCGCUGCUUCCUGACGGCGUACGGGGCAGGCGAGGACCUGUGCGACGGGCUGCGGACCAAGCCCUUCCAGGCGCUGCCCCCGGAGAAGAAAGCCGCCAUCCUGGCCUUCCUG